AUGUCGACCCAUGUAUCUCACAUUUCAUCACAUCACCCUUCAACCCAUGCACAUACCAGCGAUUUGCUAUAUCCGCCAUCGCAUAAAGCAUCUACCCAUGCUUCAACCUAUAAGCCAUCAAGUCACAAACAGUCAUCUCACAUUUCAAGCCUUAAGGCCUCAAAACAUCACCCAUCCACUCAUGCAUCAACACGCGCGUCUAGUCAUAGACUCCCAAGUCAAAAUGCGUCGGUGAAUCAUUCAGUCCACCCUUCUAUGUAUUCAAUGCAAGAUUUUGGUGAAGAUAGCGAAUUAUAUGAACCUACACCUGUGGAAGACCAGGAAUUACUCGCAGAUAACUGCUACGAUAAUUACCAACUGAUGAUUUCUGUAUUUUUGAAGUUGUCCAAAGAGUUUGAAAAAAUAUCAGAUGAAGUUGAUGAAUGCAUUAAAAUGGCACAGAAGGCAUUUGAAAUGGUAGAUUUCACACAGUACGAUGACCCGGCACAAUAUGACGAGCCUCUACAGUUGGAAGAGGACCCUUUUGGUGAUAGUGCAUCUGAAGUGCCAAUGAAAUCGUCGGUACGAUUUUCCUACAAGAACAUUAUACACGAUGACCCCAAUAUAGCGCCUUCAUGUAUACCCUUAUCAUCGACCAACCAGACAAUGUCUUACAAUCCAUCAUCAGCCUCAUUUGGCCGGGCACUCUCUCAGCCAAUAUCUCUAUCGGCUGAUAGAAUUUCCAAUGCAUCAAUGCUUACAAAGAACCCUUCAAUUGCCAGAUCUAUAAUGACUGCCAAAUCAUUUGGGGGAGAGAAAUCGGUGGCGUCCCUAAAUAAAUCUAUUGCUGCUUCUAUUAUAUCUGGCAAGUCACUAGCUGAGACAAGUAGGACUAUUUCUAAAAAAGUGCUUGAAGAUAACAAGUCAGUAUUGUCCAGUAAAUCAAACAAUAGAUCAGAUGUCCAAUCUUUUGCUGCUGGAUCGAUGUCAAACAAAUCAGCAGCAAGAUCCCGCAUGUCACAUGCUACAUUGGCUAACCCUUCUAUUGCCGGGUCCAUUGCAAGAUCCCGUGUAUCACAUGCUACAUUGGCUAACCCUUCUAUUGCCAGGUCUAAUUCAAAAUCCCGUGUAUCACAUGCUACAUUGGCUAACCCUUCUAUUGCCAGGUCUAAUUCAAAAUCCCGUGUAUCACAUGCUACAUUGGCUAAUCCUUCUAUUGCUGGGUCCGUUAAGGGGAAUAGUCUGAAGGCCAGAUCCAUGCUAGGUAGCGAGAUUAUGCCAAAGUCUAUGUCUGAAAAGUCAGUGGUGGUUGAGGAGCCCAUGUCAAUCCAUCAAUCUCUCUCAGAAAAGGAAAAUCCGCAGGGAAGUUUGUCUUUGGGCAGAUCAAUGAUGUCUGGAAUUAAAUCUAUUAUGACUCAAGGCAAAUCGAUGGUUAUGGGCCAAUCUGGAUCUUUUGCCAGUCAGACCAAAGGCUCUGACUGUAAUUCUGUAAGGGAAUCAAAGAUGACCAUGAGGUCUCAAAACUCCAAGGCCAGUGCCAAAUCUGGAUUUGGCGCAAGUUUGGGUUCAAAAAGUGGAUUGGGGCAAGAAAAUCCGAAUGGAACGCCUUCGAUGAUGUCGCGCAUAAAAUCAUUUUUUAGCCGUGCUUCCACUCAGAACAACGAACAGGAGAUUGAAGAUGAUGAACAUAUAGACCCGUUGGCUGUACAACAAAGAUUCGUGGAUUUGUGGGAGAGGAUAAUAGGUAAACUGUUGGUUACCAGCAAUCAAUUUAAGGCACUUAGUGAUAUGACAAAGGAUCCGGCGAUAGUCCCUAAUGAUGCGUUUGAAGUCCCUAUUAUGGAACUUCCAACCCACGCGGAUGGGCAACCAUUAAGCGCAGAUGAGCUUAUACAUGCACUGCAUAACACAAUGAUCCCGCAAAAACAAAACCAAUCAAAAGUACAUUCCUUGAUAAUAAACGUAAUUGUGGCACAUUGUGAAAUUAGGAAUGCUGAGCGUUUUCUCCAACAGCUGAGCGAAAAGAUGGAAAUUCAACCCAAACGCUUGAAAUCUUUAUCCGCCAAGAGAAUUGAAAGAACAAAAAUGAUUGUAAAGCAGUGUGGCGAUGAACUUGUGUCAACUGAUUCUCAUUAUGAGAACUAUAUUAACUCUUACUAUGAGGCGCUAGAACGGGACUACCCCCCUGCCUUAGGGACAUUGGAAGAUCCGCCGCUGAAGCAUUCGCCCACUUGCCCUUCUCAGAUUGAGGCGCAGGAAUUGGCCAUAUACGAGAUACGCGACCAGUACAUAAGGGAGAAGAUAAGCACUUUUGACGAUCUUGUCACCAGCUGGCUUCUGGACUAUACUAACAUUUGCAGGGAGGCUGGGGAGCAAAUGACGGUUCAGGAUGAGAAUUUGGGCCAAGAUUGA